GGGUCCAGCCCCAGCUCCCCUGAGCGGGUGGGGCCACUUAGACGACAGGAAUUGACCGGGCCUAGUAACUGCUGUAUAAAUCUAUUUAUUUCUAUUUUAUGUACACCGGUGUUGGCCAUGGGCGCCGCGCCCCUGAAACCGGAGUCAGAGACGGUUGUGAGCUGCCGUGUGGGUGCCGGGACCCGAACCCAGGGCCUCUGGGGGAGCAGCCGGUGCUCCUGGCCACCGAGCCAUGGCUCCAGCCCCGUCAUAGCUGUUUUAGACCCGGCCCAGCCUGUCCUGGCCUUGAAAAGGCCGGGAUUGGAACAGCGGCCCCCGAAGUGUGGGCAGGCGGCAAAGAUGAAGGGGUUCAGGGGCCACGCACCAGGGCCCCCCGGGGAAGGGCGCGGAGGACGGACAGGAGUCGGGUGCGGCCUGAGCCGGUCUGUGGCACCCCAGGAGCGGGACCUGCUGCAGACGUUCCGGAUCCCCGCGGACGCGCUGCGGGCGUACCUGCUCACGCUGGAGGGCCACUACCGCGCCGACGUGGCGUACCACAACAGCGUGCAUGCCGCGGACGUGGUGCAGUCCGCGCACGUGCUGCUGGGCGCCCCCGCCCUGCAGGCCGUGUUCACAGAUCUGGAAGUCUUGGCCGCUGUCUUUGCAUGCGCUAUCCACGACGUGGACCACCCGGGGGUCUCCAAUCAGUUCCUCAUCAACACCAACUCGGAGCUGGCGCUGAUGUACAAUGACGUGUCGGUGCUGGAGAACCAUCACCUGGCCGUGGGCUUCAAGCUCCUGCAGGGAGAAAACUGCGACUUCUUCCGGAACCUCAGCGCCAAGCAGCGACUGAGUCUGCGCAGGAUGGUCAUCGACAUGGUGAUGUCAGGGCGCGGGGCGGGGCCCUUUCUCCCUGGCGCCGUCGCGGUUCUGCGUCGGCCCUGCUGGCGGGUCGGGCUCUCGGGUCCGUCUGCGCACUCGACGGGCGUUCCCUCCGUUAUUGUUUACAUUUGGGAACUCACGGCCCCGCCUCCGCGUCCGCGCCCACAGGCGGGCGGCUCAGCUGGCGGCUGUGCCGGGGCGCGGGGCCCCGGGCGGGUGACGCCCCGCGUGCGUCCACCCCGGGUGUCCCCGGAGUUCCAGAGCCCCGGGUGGGAUCCUGCCUCCCCUCUCCGCCCGCCAUGGCUCCCUGUGCUCAGCUCAGCUGCGCCCCGGGGCCUUUGCCCUUCCGCCCUCGCUCCCGCUGGGGACACUGAGGCACAGAAGGUGCAGAGCGCAGCAUCCGCGACUUCGUGCCCUCCCCAGGUGCUGGCCACAGACAUGUCUAAGCACAUGAGCCUCCUGGCCGAUCUCAAGACCAUGGUGGAGACGAAGAGGGUGACCAGCCUCGGGGUGCUGCUCCUCGACCAUUACUCUGACCGCAUCCAGGUCCUGCAGAGCCUGGUGCACUGCGCCGACCUCAGCAACCCCACCAAGCCGCUGCGGCUCUACCGCCAGUGGACCGAGCGCAUCAUGGCCGAGUUCUUCCGGCAGGGGGACCGCGAGCGGGAGCUGGGCCUGGAUGUCAGCCCCAUGUGUGACAAGCACUCGGCCUCGGUGGAGAAAUCCCAGGUGGGAUUCAUUGACUACAUCGCCCACCCGCUGUGGGAAACCUGGGCCGACCUGGUGCACCCCGACGCCCAGGAGCUGCUGGACACCUUGGAAGACAACAGAGAGUGGUAUCAGAGCAGAAUACCGGGCAGCCCCACCCUCACCGCGGGCCGCGAGCGCCCCGGCCCUGACAGGUUCCAGUUUGAGCUGACCCUGGAGGAGGCGGAGGAGGAGGACGGAUAAUGACGGACAGGCUGGGCGCUGGACACCCAGCCCUCAGGGUCCCGGCACUUAGCGCCUGUCCCCCAGGACAGCCCAGGGUGCAAGGUCUGCCUUCUCCAACAACAGGGUCGUGGGCCCGCCUGGCUCGGCCGUGAAGUCCCCGGCAGCCCCGGGCACCCCCGGCGCUGGUGACCCUGCAGCGACGCCCGUGGUACCGGCUUCUCUUCCCACCCGGGCCGCUCUGGCCGCAGCUUGGCUGGAAAGGCCGGUGCCUGGGCGGUGCCUCCCCGACUCUGCUCCGGCUCCAGCCUGCGCGGGCUGGGGCGCUCUCUGCCUUUCCUUCACUGUUUGGACUCUUUUCGAUGCAGAAGACGGAAGCCGGGUCCCCGUGCCCUGUGAGCAGAGGGACCCCAGCCCCCGGGUCACUGUGUCCUUGACCAGAUGUCCUGACACAGACUGAGUCCCCGGGGAGACCCCUGUUGUAAACAGAGGCAGGGACCACCCCCCGAGGUCCAGUGUCUCCUGACUCCAGAGACUGCAGGUGACCGUCCCAGGAGGCGCCCACAGGCCUCUGUGUCCCUGCGAUCUGCUCACACGGUCACUAAACAUGGCUGGCGGGACCCAUGCGGGGUCUCGCUGUAGAAACCUGGAGAUGGAGCCAGGCAGUCCUGCAGCACAGCUUCACGGAUGGGACCAACCGGGUGUGCAGGGCACAGCGGACUCAGCCUGGGCCCCAGACUCAGGAGGGGCGGGGGUGAGGUGCUGUGCGGGCCCAAGAGAGGCUGGGGGCGUGGUCAGGGUGGAGCCCCUGCCUAGAGUCCCCAGUGAGGGGCUGGGGGCGUGGCUCAGGGGUGGAGCCCC